AUGAUGCAACCAGAGAUUCUUCAGUCCCCAUGGUUGUUCUAUGAAGACAUGAGCUCAACUUUUGAUCAAGUUGUUGAGUCCUAUGGUCUCACCAUGGAUGACCAUGUUGGUGAUUGUGGAUCCUAUGGCUUCACUGGGGACGACCAUGUUGAUGACUGUGGUCUAUUAUUAAGUACUCUAUUGAGCACACAAGAGGAUACUGCUUCUGAAGUCUGCUCCAUCCCCUUUCCUUCCUCCCCUAUAUUCCCUAAUGAUCAUGUCCAAUACCCAAUUGAUGAAGAAACCUUGCAACUUCCAUCAUUGAUGGAGUUGGAUGAUUUUGAUUCCAUUUUAAGUACACAAAUUAAUGGUAUUCAAGGGCAUGAAUACCUAGGAGAAAGUGAAGGAAGUUUCCCUUUACAAAAUUUGUCAAGUGAGGUACCACAUGAUGCAUGGAGUCCUACCCCAUCAGUGAUGUCAGAGUUGUCCACAAUUCAAACAUCACUAACCUUGCCACAAGAAAACAUGGAAAUUGACAACCAUGUUAGCCUUCCACACUUGAUGGAAGCUUGUGGAGAAGCCUUGGAGCAAGGACAAAAAGCACUAGUUGAAGUGAUCUUGAGGUGCAUGAGCAAAAAAGCUAGCCCACUUGGUGAAUCUCUAGAGCGCCUUGCAUUCUACUUGUCUCAAGACACAUCAAAUCAUGGAGAGUAUCUCAAAGGGGAGGCCUUCAAGAACUUUGAGGCCGCUUUGAGAGCAUUCUAUCAAGGGCUCCCAAUUGGAAAAAUUGCUCACUUUGCAUCUAUUUCAACAAUUCUAGAAGCUAUACCUGAAGAUUGUGAUGCCAUACACAUAGUAGAUUUUUGUAUUGGACAUGGUGUUCAGUGGCCUCCAAUGAUUGAGGCUAUUGCACACAAGCACAAAACAUUGAAAUUGACAUCAAUCAAAUGGGGUGAUGAAAGCUCUGAAUGUGUUUCUACUCCAUGCAAUUUUGAGGAAACUAGAAGACAGCUCUAUGAGAAUGCCAAAUCUUGUGGUUUGAAGUUGAUAGUAGAGGAGAAAGGAGUGGAGGAACUAGUUAUUGAGAUUAAAAAAAUUAACAAAAAGGGUGGGAGAAAAGUGUUUUUGGCCUUCAAUUGCAUGAUGGGUCUUCCACAUAUGGGAAAGGUAAUGAGCAUAAGACAUGCCUUGGAGUUUCUACGGGUAGCUAAGGAUUUGAUCAACAACUCUGGCAACAGGGGGAUUAUCACUUUUGGAGAUGGUGGAGCUUUUGAGAAAGUGAAAAAUAGUUUGAAUUUCAGAUCAUUCUUUGAUGGACAUUUGGUGCAUUACCAAGCCUUGUUAGAAUCAAUGGAAUCACAUUUCCCAACUUGUUUCUCAGAAGCAAGAAUUGCCAUGGAGCAGUUGUUUUUGCAACCUUGUAUCUCUUUUCUUGAUUGGUUACAAACAUGGGAGGAGAUGAAAAGGGAUUGCCACCUUGAGGCAGAGAUUAGCUUAGAGGGUUGCAAAUUGAGCAAAAAUAUUUUAAUGGAAGUCAGAGAAGUGUUAAGAGGAAGUGAUGGUUCGUACCAGGCCAAGAUUGAAGGACAAAAUUUUAAUGAACUAGUUUUGGAAUGGAAAGGAACUCAACUAUUAAGAUUUUCAUCUUGGAAAAACUAA